GCCGGCUUUGCUCUCUGCGCUCACUCCUAGCGGUGCUGACUGGUUUCCAUGCGCUCGUUGCCCCACCGUGCCUCCAUCACGGGCAUGACACCUACUCUCGUUUUGCACUCCGCAGCACUUCAACCCGCCGCUGGCUGAAUGCCAUUCCAUCGUUAACACCACCAGCACCCAGCAAACCACCAUGGCGGACCCCGCGCCACCGUCUGUGAGCUCAAUCAAAUCGCGCAUUGCCGCAUUGAAUCUCGAGGAGGUUCACACCCCAUCACCGGGCCUUCGACCAGCGUACACGUACGAGCACGCUACCACGGGAAAGAAAAAACCUCCACCACCCCCACCACCGGCUCAGCGGCCUGCGGCACAGCGUCGCGGGGAGACUGCCAACAACCCUCCCCUCGUAAACAAUGUGACUACAUCGAGUGGCCAACGGGGCAACGAGCCAGUCCAACCGUCCGCAGAAACACCGAAGAUAUCGCCUGCCCUUCCGCCUCGACUUCCUCCCCGCCCAAGUCCAAAGACGGCCCCGAGCCUGCCGCCUCGCAAGUCCUCCGAGCAGAGUAUCAAGAGACGGGAGUCCAAUGAAUCUAUAUCUACGAUAACGUCGAUCGGGUCUGCGAGGACAAGUCUGAGUGCCACAUCCACUGGCGGGACGAAGUAUCACAUCCGAGCACCUGCCUACGAUCCUGCAAAACUGCCUCCUCUGCCUGCGAAGAAGAACACGGAAGAAGAGAAAGGGAGCGCAACGUUGAGGGCGAUGAAGUCGAAAACCAGUGUAGUGGCUGAUAGGAGUCUACCCCCGCAGCUACCUGCGCGGCCCCCACUCCCUGCGAGAAGGGAGUCACAGGCCCAGGAACCAACGCAGAGCCAGCAAAGACGUAUCGUGGCUCCACCACUACCUCGUUCGGCACUGUCGUUUGCGCUUAACAAAAGUACGGAAGUGCCUCCGCCUCUUCCUGCUAACCGGCCCUCUCCUACCCCUGAUCCACAGCCAGGCGCACCUCCUCCUAUUCCCUUGGGAUCGCGCCCAAAUCUACAGGCUAUAAUGGCAUCUAAACCGAAACCUGGAGCAACCCCAAGCUCAUGCCUAUGGUGCCGCGACUUUUCAGCGCCGGACGCUCACGCAGCACAAUAUCCACGAGAACAGCUUCCAGGUGCAGACGUAGCAUGGCUUGCGACACAAUUGACGAGCCCCUUCCCAUCCGCCACCGACAAGGCGCGCGCCAUCUUCACCUGGCUACACCACAACAUCGACUACGACGUCCACUCGUACUACAGCGGCAACUGCACGCGCUCCACGCCCGAAAACACCAUGACGAGCGGCCUCGCCGUCUGCGAAGGCUACGCCGGCCUCUUCGCCGCCCUAGCGCUCAAAUCCGGCCUCGAAGCCGUCGUCGUCGGGGGCCACGGUAAAGGCGUCGGCUACAAGCCGCUCAAACCGGGCGAACCCCUACCGGAAUUCAAACCGAGCGGCCACGCAUGGAACGCCGUGCGCAUCGACAACGGCGAGUGGAAGCUGCUCGAUGCGUGCUGGGGCGCUGGCAGCGUGUGCGGGACCUACAAGCGAGACUUCAAGGCGUACUGGUUCGAGAUGGACAACAAUGAGUUUGGGUUCAGCCAUUUCCCGGAGAAUCCGAAUUAUUUCUUCCGGACGGAUGGGCGGGCGGCGUAUUCGUGGGAGGAGUACUGGGGCGAAGGGGAGAGGUUGACCGUGUACGGGCCUGCGACGCCGAAUCAUGGUAUCUCCGCGAGGUCUUUCCAGCCACCAGGGAAGUAUAUCCGCAUCCAUGAUCAGGCUGCGGGACCGGUGGUAAGGUUCCAGUUUUCGAGCGUGUGUCCGCAUUGGGAUGGUGAGAGACAUGGGAAAGGGAAGCCGUAUGUCAUGAUUUUGCACGUUGGUGGACGGGACGGGAGAAACACGGAUUACGUUCCUUUUCAGACGGAUGGGAGGGUCUGGUGGGUCGAUGUCCAGCGGACGGAGCUGGGGGCUGCUGGGCAGAAGGUUAGUGUUUUUGCGGUUACGACGGUCGAGGGCAGGGAUGCGAGGGGGUUGGGGUAUGAGGGGUAUUUGAGCAAGAAGGGAAGGUGUGCGAUGGGGUUUGAGGGCGUGGCCAUGUGGGAGCUUGUUGUAUAGGGUCUGGAAGAUGAGGGACUUGGAUUUGGAUUUGGAUUUGGGAUGGGAAUGAGGACGCGCAUGUAAUUACGAUGGAUACCCGGGACUUGGAUGGUUGCAUUUUUUUCUCCUUCUCAAUGAUAGCAAUGGUGUCUACUCGUUUCCGCUGAAUUGGGGAGAGUAUUCUUUGGUAGCCCGAUGCUCGA